CACUUACUAUCUUCCCUACAGAAUAGAGAAUUGUUUACACGAUGCUCCGAUAACUUAUUAUCAAAAGGAUUCAUCGGAGCCAGAGACUUUAGGAGCUAGAGUUAGUACUAACUAUGCUUGGGAUAACCUGCCUCUUCCACAUAAGCUAGUUGUCCAAUUUCAUGAUGUGCAUCUAUUGCGUGAAAUCAACUUGGAUAAGGUGAGGUCUGGGAUUUCAUUUACCCCUGGAGAAGAAGCCUGAAGAUAAAAACACCUCUUGACCUGAACCAUGAUGAGGAGACAAUAAUGAAAAUUGUUCCAUUCUGGAGAAGUUCUCUCAGUGAUUCGAAUGCUCCCCGUCAACAGUACUACUUUGAUCAUUUCGAGAUCCACCCUAUAAAGAUUGUAGCAAGGUUUCUUCCUGGAGACUCCAAUUACAGCUACAGUUCCACUCAAGAGACUCUUAGGUCGUUACUCCACAGUGUGAUCUGUUACCAAUUGUUCGUCGGAUGAUCUGUUUCUUUUCUUUUCUACGGCCUUUGAGGUAGUAAAUCACUUUGAUUUAUAUUUAUAUUCGACCAAUGAAUUUUCCAUCUCCUCAUAGAUACCUGCCAUCACGAGAAAGAAUGUUGAGCUGAAUGGGGUCCUUGUGACACAUGCUUUGAUAACGAUACGUGAAUUGACUGUAAAAUGCGCACAACAUUAUUCCUGGUAUGCCAUGAGAGCAAUCUAUUUGGCAAAGGGAAGCCGAUUGCUUCCUCCAGCUUUUGCUUCCAUAUUUGAUGAUCUAGCUUCGUCCUCGCUUGAUGUCUUUUUUGAUCCCUCAAGUGGUUUGGUCAAUCUUCCAGAAUAUUUUGAUGAACAUUUCCCUUUGCAAAUGUUCAUUCCAAACUGUUUGGAUGGUCUCUGCCCCCCAAACCCCCCUGGCCUGGUCCAUGAAUUUAUGAAUUAGGGACGCUGAAGCUGAUCAGUAAAUUCAUGGAUAACAAAAGGAUUUUCUGGAACAAAGCGCUACUUUGGUGAUCUAGGAAAAACAGUAAGUUUUUAUUUUCCCCUUCUAAGUACAAACUAGUUGAAGUUUUUCAUUUGAGUUGCAUGACAUUUCUCUCUGGGUUUCAUUUGCAGUUGAAAACAGCAGGGUCCAAUGUGCUAUUUGCUGCAGUCACUGAAGUAUCAGACUCUGUUCUUAAGGGAGCAGAAACAAGUGGUUUUAAUGGCAUGGUAAAUGGUUUUCACCAAGGAAUUCUUGAAUUAGCUAUGGAACCAUUAGUUCUCAGCAGUGCUUUCAUGGAAGGUGGCGCAGAUCGGAAAAUAAAGCUUGAUAGAAGCCCUGGGGUUGAUGAGCUAUACAUCGAGGGUUACCUGCAAGCAAUGUUGGAUACAAUGUACAAACAAGAAUACCUUAGGGUGAGAGUCGUCGAAAACCAGGUUAUUCUCAAAAACCUCCCUCCAAGCAGUUCUUUUAUAAACAAAAUCAUGGAGCAUGUAAAAGGGUUUCUUGCAAGCAAGUCAUUGUUGAAGGGUGAAUCUUCAACAUCUUACUCCCUCCGACACAUACGAGGAGAAAGAGUUUGUCUUGUCCGGUAUAGUUGCCUAUGUUGAUGGGCGAUUAUGUCGGAAUAUUCCUAACCCUUUAGCAAGAAGAAUUAUUAGUGGGUUCUUGUUGAGUUUUCUUGAUCAAAACGACGAU